AUGGAGCCGAACAAGCAGGGUGACGCCGCCUUGUCCAACCCCACCGCCGACCUCAAAGCCCGUCUCGACGCCAUGCGGCUCGGCGAUCCCUUCUCCUCGCAGCCGCUGAGCCCGCAGCACGUGCUCGUGCCGAGCGCGGCGCCCGUCAUGAGGACGCCGCCGAAGAUGCCCCAGUCCCCGCCUCGAGUGCUCGUGCCAACAGCGGCGAACGUCGCACGGCCGCUAUUGCUGUAA